AUGUGGAAGAUUCAGCAAACCAUCGAGCAGUACCGCCAGUACAUCAACUAUCAAGUCGCUGCGGGUAAACGUAUGAGCCUUCGCCCAGACCUGGAUGACUUGUUCGUUGCGAACCCGGCUUCUGUGAACGGGGUUACAGAUGGCCAACGGAUCACUCUCAUGAGCUUCUGGCUUGGAGCUUCUUCGAGUCUUCUUCUGGGCUCUGACAUGACAAAUGUCGACGACCUCGGCAGGCAGCUUCUCACAACAGCUAUCCUCUACAACCGCGUAACCCAGGCACGGGGUGUGGAGAACAGGGCUUCCCGUCCGCUCAGCCGUACUUAA